AUGAGGUUGGAGGCCCAGAAGCCAUGUGUGCAGCAAGUGCUGGCCCUGGGGGGGACCAGGGCGGAGCCCACAUCUCCCUCUGGCUUGGGGCUGCAGUUCCAGUUCAGCCGUACACAAGACCAGGACGUUCACAUCCUGCAGGCUCAGCUUUGGCUCUACCUUCGAGUUCCCCGAGACCUGGUAGCCAGCCUCACCCUGAGAAUCUUCCUUGCUGGUGGGGAAGGUGAUUUGGUGGGGGGCAAUCGCACGUUGCUGAGUGAGAGGCGACUGAGCGCUAAGGGUAGCGGCUGGCGUGCCUUCACCCUCACGCCUGCCCUGCAGAGUUUCUUUGGGGGAGAGCGCAGGAUCCUGCGGCUGGAACUGGAAAGCCAUGGUGAUGGGGGUGAUCUCAUGGCAAUAGUCAAUGCCAGCCGGUCCCUCCAGCCCUUCUUGGUGGCAGAGGCAAAGGUGCGGGAGCUGGGACACCACGUGGCCAAGCGCAGCCUCCGCUGCAGCCAGAACUCCAACCUCUGCUGCCGUAAGGACUACUACGUGGAUUUCCGUGACAUUGGUUGGAACGACUGGAUCAUUAAGCCUGAGGGCUACCAGAUAAACUACUGUGUGGGCCAGUGCCCUCUACAUGUGGCAGGCAGCCCUGGGAUGGCCUCUUCUUUCCACACAGCUGUCUUCAACCUCGUCAAAGCUAACAACAUCCAGGCAUCGGGGCAUUCAUGCUGCGUGCCCACGCGACGCCGGCCAAUCUCUGUCCUCUACUUCGAUCGUAAUAGGGGCUCAAAGCUGGUGGCAAAACAGACCUGGGCCUGUCUGGCCAUGCAGAUGGACCCUUGGGAAGAGGUGGGUGGUCUUGGGGCAAGUCCUCGGACCCUGGGAGGGAGGCCUGGCCUGGGUGUGGCGGUGUGGGUGGCAGGGCUGGCCCCGCACGGUGCCCAGCGCCUGGGCGGGCCUUUCCUGGCAGCUUAG